UCGACCCGCGGCUCAAACCACACUCGCACCGACUUGUCUGUAGCGUCAACAUGAUCCUGAAGUUGGUAUUAUUCACUUUGGCGGCUGUUGUGGGGGCUGACAAGCUCCCGUCUACCUCUUACGGGGCGCCCAGCAGAGGAAGUGGAGGUUUCCCAGGUGCGGGUGGAGGACGCUUUGGGGCUUCUGGAGUGAGAGGAGGCUUCGGUUCCCCUGGAGUGAGAGGAGGCUUCGGUUCCUCUGGAGUAGGCGGAGGCUUCGGCACAUCUGGAGCAGGAUUCGGAGGAAGACCAGUUGGUGGUUUUGGAGGAUCACCUGGAGGCUUCCAAAGACCGAGUAGUGGAGCCUUCGGGGGCCCAGUCGGUGGUGGCUUCGGGGGAGCUGCAAGUGGAAGCUCUUUUGCCGGAAGUUACAGACCAUCAGGACCUGUUGUGCCCAUCCUGAGGGACGAACGUCAGGGACCUGAUGCGUACGGCAACUACAACUUCAACUUCGAGACUGGUGACGGCAUCAGUCGUCAGGAGCAGGGCGCCCCUCAGGGCCCGACUGGCGCCGUGGCAUCUCAGGGAGGAUGGUCAUUUACCUUCCCCGAUGGAACUCCAGCUAACUUCAAGUUCGUCGCGGAUGAAGGCGGUUACCGCGUGGAGUCUCCCCUGCUGCCCACGCCCCCGCCUCUCCCCGCCCACGCCAUCGCCCAGAUCGAGAAGGCUCGUCAGGAAGACGCCGCCGCUGCUGCUGGAGGUGGUCGAGGAUCGUAUGGAGCUGCAUCGGGCUCCUCGUCCCAGUUCUCUGGAGUGUCUGGUGGAGGCUUUGGAGGAGCACCUUCUGGAGGUUUUGGAGGAGCACCUUCUGGAGGCUUUGGAGGAGCACCUUCUGGAGGUUUUGGAGGAGCACCUUCUGGAGGCUUCGGAGGCGCAUCAAUUAGAAGUUUUGGAGGGGCAGGAGCUGGAAGCUUCGGAACCACACAUGCUAGAGGAUUUGGUGGAGCAGGAGCUGGACGCUUCGGAGCUGCUCCACUGGCUCCCAGGAGGACCUACGGCGCCCCUUGAACAUAAUCUCACGUUUGUAGCUCGAGACUUAUGUCAUGAUUUUCGCAAGAAACAAUUUUUCUAUCUUGAAAAAUCUUGCUGGGUCCCUGUGUCUCAAGUCUGUCACAUAAACGGUGUCUCAUGUAAGCUGAUGAUCAAAGUCUGUCUGAAAUGAGCUAAAUUGUACGCUUAUUCUAUUGAUACACAUAUACAUAUAUAUUAUAAAAAUAAAACAAUUUGAUGAAAAAGUUU